UGUUUGCGUCUGUAGGAUGACGGGUCCAGUCCAGGAUUCUCACAGGCUGUCUGUGAAAACAUGGACAGAGGAGGAGAGUGACCGAGCUGAGAGCACACUUAGCAGAGGACAGUCAAUAUGUGACGACACUUCUUCAGAGCUACAGCAAAUGGCAGCCAUUGACAGGAGAGAAGCUGGUUCCCAGAAUUCCUUUCGUGGCCGAGGUGCUCUGUCCAGGAUAGUCAGUAUGGUGAUGACCCUGAGAGAAUGGGCACAGAAGAGUUUGGCAGAGGAGACGGAGCGACCGGAUUCUUUCCUGGAGCGGUUCAGAGGCCCUGCUAACAUGGACAUACAGGCCCCGCCCAGCAGGUUCAGCCACAGCCGUACCGGCUCAGAGGCAGAUCACGAAAUCAGACACUCCAGACGCACGAGAAAAAAGUGUAAUAUUGUGGUCUUAUCUCCAUCUGAUGAUGCGUACUAUUACUGGCUGAUGGUGAUUGGUGCUGCAGUUUUUUACAACUGGACCCUGCUGGUUGUCAGGGCUUGUUUCGAUGAACUCCAGAUGAGAAACGUGCUCAUAUGGCAAGUGCUGGACUACACCUGUGAUGGAGUCUAUAUCCUGGAUAUUGCUGUUCGGCUACACACAGGUUUCUUGGAUCAAGGCUUGAUGAUCAAAGAUGUGCGCCGUCUGAGAGAAACCUACAUUCGAACGUUACAGUGUCAGUUUGACAUCUGCUCCAUUCUUCCAACUGACCUCUUGUACCUGAUUGUUGGAAUCGGCUACACUCCGCUUCUUCGAUUCAACAGACUGCUGCGCCUGCCCCGUCUCUUUGAGUUCUUUGAGCGUACAGAAACACGAACAGGCUACCCCAAUGCUUUCCGCAUCUGUAAACUGAUUCUGUACAUCCUGGUCAUAAUCCAUUGGAAUGCCUGCGGAUACUACAGCUUCUCCAAAAUCCUGGGACUGGGCUCUGACUCAUGGGUUUAUCCCAAUGCAUCUGACCCUGAGUUUGGCACCUUGUCACGAAGUUAUAUAUACUGCCUAUACUGGUCCACCAUGACGCUGACCACUAUUGGAGAAACUCCUCCACCCGUUAGAGAUGAAGAAUAUCUGUUCCUGAUAUUUGACUUUCUGGUUGGUGUUCUGAUAUUUGCCUCCAUUGUGGGUAAUGUUGGAUCCAUGAUUUCUAAUAUGAAUGCAACAAGAGCAACCUUUCAAACACGUGUAGAUGGACUCAAACACUACAUGCACUUCAGACAUGUCAGCAAGGUGCUGGAGCAGCGUGUCAUCCGCUGGUUUGACUACCUUUGGACCAAUCAGAAGACAAUUGAUGAACAAGAAGUCCUCAAGAGUCUGCCUAACAAACUGAGAGCAGAGAUAGCUAUUAAUGUUCACCUGGACACACUUAAGAAGGUGCGUAUCUUCCAGGACUGUGAGGCAGGCCUCCUUGUAGAAUUGGUGUUAAAACUCCGACCGCAAGUUUUCAGUCCUGGAGAUUACAUCUGUAGAAAGGGAGAUGUGGGUAAAGAGAUGUACAUAAUUAAAGAGGGCCGCCUGGCAGUGGUUGGGGAGGAUGGAGUCACACAGUUAGCUGUUCUAACUGCAGGAAGUUGCUUUGGAGAAAUCAGCAUCCUAAACAUCAGCGGCAGCAAGAUGGGGAAUAGACGCACGGCUAAUAUUAGGAGCCUGGGAUAUUCUGACCUGUUCUGCCUUUCAAAACAAGACCUGAUGGAGGCGUUACAGGAGUUUCCCCAUGCCAGGGCACAGCUGGAGCAGAGGGGGCGGGACAUCCUGAUGAAGGAGGGACUUCUGGAGGAAGUGAAUGUGUCUGCAGGGGAGGAGUUGGAGACGAAGGUGGAGAGGCUAGAAACCAGUCUUGAUCGGUUCCAAACAUGCUUGGCCCGUCUGCAGAGUGAAUUCAACUCAUCCCAGCUUCGACUGAAACAGCGAAUAACGGCCCUGGAAAGCAACAUCCCCACAGCAGCAACUGGCAGCGGCUUCCUGUCAGAUGCUGAUGGCAAUGAGAGUAUUUCUGGUGGUGACGGUGUGCGAAGUGAAAUUACCUUCCGAUUUUGAUGGACUCAUUUUAAAAAAUGUCUUAAAUUAGUUUUCCUGAAAUAUUCAGGACAAAUUCUUCUUAGAAGUUUCUUUUAGUGUGAAGCUUUCUUAAUACCACUGAACAGUUGCUCACACCUUUAUGAUUAAAUAUAUAGAUACAAUUGCAAGUAUACAGUAGAGUAAUGCAAUAAAUAAACCACGCUUGAGAGAGAGGGAACCUAAAGAAGAAAAAUACAGCUGACUUAUGUCCUAAUUAUGUCUUAAUCUACUUGUUGGCAUGCAUUAAAGGUACAGUAUGUAAACUCUCAC